CUAACAGUGCUUAUUAUUAUUUAAUACUACAACACAUAAAACACAUCCUUUUCCUGUAUUUGCAGUUCACGUGAAAAUAAUGGCCGGAAAAGACGCCACAAAAGCUAAGGCGGCGCCCAAAGCAGCGGCCGCCGCACCCGCCAAGAAACCAACGACAACAGCAGCCGCUAAGUCGACAAAAAAGACACCGAAACGCGUGUUGCCGAAGAACGUGCGCAAACUGGUCACUCAUCGAUCGACUCGACCGCUGUGGGCCAAAAUCAGACGUACGGCCAAACGUAAGGGAGUUCCGGCCGAAACAUUGUUGAAAAAGAAGCCCAAGUUUGUCGUGAAGAAGAUCGGCGGCGAGAAAAAUGGUGGCAAACGCAAGGUUCUCGUCAAGAAGGGAAAGAAGUACUAUCCGACUGAGGAAACACCGAAGAAGUCGAGAACUGGACAUAAGAUAUUUGCCAAACAUAAGCGAACAUUGAAAGCCGGUCUUGUUCCCGGCUCUGUCCUGAUUGUGUUGGCCGGUCGUCAUCGCGGCAAACGUGUUGUAUUUCUCAAACAACUGGCAUCGGGCUUACUAUUGGUUACCGGACCGUAUAAGAUCAACGCUUGUCCAUUACGACGAAUGCACCAACAGUUUGUCAUUGUGACCAGUACUCGACUGGACGUGUCAGCCGUUAAGGUUCCCGAUCACAUUGACGACAAAUACUUUAAGGUUAAGAAGGACAGAUCGCCGAAGGGUAAGCGCGGAGAUGGCGGCGAUAUAUUCGAUACGAAAGCCGAAGGCUGGAAACCGGAUGAGAAACGAAAGGCCGAUCAGAUUGCUGUCGACAAACAGAUCAUAGAUGUCGUCCGCAAGAAUAAGGACAAGAAACUGUUGUUGGCAUACCUGGGAUCCUAUUUUCAGUUAAGGAAUCGGGUGUUCCCACACAAACUCAAGUUCUAAAGAGAGAGAGCUCCGGGAGAUUUCGAUAUAACUGUUCAUUAAAAUUUAUAAAAUAAAAAAUCAGAUUUUUUUGG